AUGUCGGCCGUGGGAAGGGAAAGGGUCGGUCCUGGUCCUAGUCUUGGUCUUUGGGUUGCUGAGGCCCUUGUCACUUUGAUCCUGGUAAAUGUCCCUGUCCUUGCUCUGUUCUGGUUUGUCUUUUUCCUUUCUCGUCUUGUCUGUGUGACUGAUGACGAGGAGUAG